CGCCACUGAACACGGUUUGUCCAAGUUAGUUGUUGUUGUCAUGUUGUGCCAAAGAUUCUUUGUUUCACUUCAAUGUUCAACACACCACUUCCUCUCUUCUCUUGUAUGGAUUUGAGUCCUUGUCUCACUCCCUCUCUUGUGUGAUCCCCUGACACCGCCCCCAUGCAAUAUUGCAAUUUUCCAAAUGCUUUCUCUUGCUGACAUUUGCACUUGAUCAUUUUUCAGGGCUCAUAUAGAUAUACAAUCUUUUCAAAUUUUCUUCUAAAACAUGUUUUGCUCUUCUCUUGUCCCUUUGAUGCAUAGCAGCAAAAGGGGUGUUUGCAUAAAGCAGAAAAGUUGGUAAAUGGCAUGGUAUAUCUUUAACAGUGGAGCCUUUUGGGGUUGAAUAUUCUGAAAAAAAAGUUGAAGAGUUCAGAAAGUUUAGCUCUUGUUGUUGUUAGAAAAAGGUGAAAAAAGUUGGGAAGGAGUGAGGAUAAUAAUAAUAUGCCAACUGUGUGGUUCUCUUUGAAGAGGUCUCUACACUGCAAAUCAGAGCCAUCAGAUGUUCAUGACCCCAAAACAAGGAAGCAGUUAACCACAAUCUUGACCAAAAAGGGAGGAGGGUCAAGUAGGUCAGGUUGUUCAAGGUCCAUAGCAAAUCUCAAAGAUGUAAUCCAUGGUAGCAAGAGGCAUCUAGAGAAGCCACCAAGUUGCAGCCCAAGAUCCAUAGGUAGCAGUGAGUUUCUCAACCCAAUAACUCAUGAAGUGAUCCUAAGCAACUCAAGGUGUGAGCUGAAAAUCACUGGCUAUGGAGGUUUCCAAGAAGGAGGGGUUGGAAGUGAUGGUGGAGGUGGUGGUGCCAAUAAUGGGGGUGUCAAUAAUAGUAGUGAUUUGAGUACCUUUGUUGGCACUUUAAGGCCUGGCACUCCUGGCCCUGGAGGGCACCCUACAAUGCACUACUUCAACCCUUCUUUUAGGACUUCAUCCACUCCUCCAAGGAAAUCUCCUUUCCUUUCAUCAGAUAAAGAAGGGUCAGGUUUGCAUGGUGUUGGAGUUCUUGGACCUCAUUCUAGCACAAGGGUACCUCUUGAGACAGAUUCAAAUGUGUCUUCCACUGUCACUUGCCACAAAUGUGGAGAGCAAUUCAACAAAUGGGAAGCUGCUGAAGCUCAUCAUCUCUCCAAGCAUGCUGUUACUGAACUUGUGGAAGGUGAUUCAUCAAGGAAAAUAGUGGAGAUAAUAUGCAGGACUAGCUGGUUGAAGUCUGAGAACCAAUGCGGUAGAAUUGAGAGAGUUUUGAAAGUGCAUAACAUGCAAAAGACACUGGCUAGGUUUGAGGAGUAUAGAGAGUUGGUGAAAAUCAAAGCUAGUAAACUCCCCAAGAAACAUCCAAGGUGCCUUGCUGAUGGCAAUGAGCUUUUGAGGUUCUAUGGAACCACUGUUGCAUGCUCUCUUGGUCUCAGUGGCUCUUCCAGCUUGUGUUUAUCUGAAAAGUGUUGUGUUUGUAGAAUCAUCAGAAAUGGGUUUUCUGCCAAAGAGGAACUCAAGGGUGGAAUAGGUGUUUUCACUACUUCCACAAGUGGAAGGGCUUUUGAAUGUAUUGAGGUUUUUGACCAUGACCCUUCAUUGAGAAAAGCACUUAUAGUAUGCAGAGUCAUUGCUGGCAGGGUCCAUAGACCUCUGGAGAACAUUCAGGAAAUGGCAGGACAAACAGGCUUUGAUUCGUUGGCUGGGAAAGUUGGUCUUUAUUCAAAUAUUGAGGAGCUUUAUUUGCUCAAUGCUAGAGCUCUUCUUCCUUGCUUUGUGGUAAUUUGCAAGCCAUGAAGCUAAAGAAUCAAGGUUUAAAAAAAAUGGGAACAUUAUUGUGUGAUUUUUUAUGAAUCCCCCUAUUUUGGCCUUUUUAUGAACCAUGGAGGUUCUUUUCCCAACUUUUGAAGAAUUUUGAUUCAUAAUCCAAAGUCAUGUGUGCUUUUUCUUUGUUUAUUGAAUGAACCUUCUACUCAUACAUUUGUAUUUUUCUUAAUGGCACUGAAAUUUUUCAUCUGCACAAGAUGAAGUGCCCGAAGUAAAUAUUGUAAGAUGAUGACAUCUAACUGUUGAGUCAACUUGAGCAAUUAGCAAUCUCUUUUAACAACA